AUGAGACCAGGGGAGUCUCCUUCGGAGGAGGCCAGUCGGUUACUUGCUGACUCGGAAGAGGGGCGGUGUGAGAUAUCCAAGGCGUGUUCGUACAAAAUUAUUGACUUCGACGCCAACGGCGACUGGGGGAACUCGCCUGAGUGGCCAACGCCGUCCCACAAAGGGUAUUGUUGCCUUGCCGGUAUCUACCGGGUUCAUGGAAUAUGCGGGGCUACUUCCGCUGCCGUGUUAUCCGUGACGAUGUGGGAGCUGGGCGAAGCGGCGGUCCCCUACUUAUCGUGUGGCUAUCCAAGAUGCGCUCUCUCGCAGACGAUGCCACGGUUCGUCGCCGCCCGCGCGCUGAUGAGCAUGAUGGUAACCUCCAACGUUCCAAGUCCGGCCGUUAUUGGCAAUAUGAUCUCGCCCGAGGAGCAAGGCAAGGCUGCAGGCCUAAUCUUGUUCGCACCUAUGCUAGGUGGCACCGUGGGGCCUGUUGUUGGCGGCUUGACCACGCAGGUUCUGGGCUGGCGCUUUGUGUUUUGGAUAUGCUUUGCCAUAGCAGGUGUCUGCGAGCUCGUCUUCUUCGCCUACUUCCAGGAAACAUACAAAGUCGCUAUCCUGUGUCGGAGAUCAGCCAGGCUACGCGAAGAGACCGGGAAUACCUUCACGUAUGGCACAUCCGGGGAGGGCUUGGGCCUCGGGCAGUGCCCCGCCGACCUGUCAGCUUCCAUUGUGCGGUCAACGGUGGUGCUCUUUAGCUCUGGCGUCUUGGUAGUCCUGUCAUUGAUGGGCUCGGUUACAUUCGCUCACUUCUAUGUUUUACCGAUAUCCCUUCCGAUCAUCCUGGAGGACCGGUAUGGGUUAUCGCCCUCGGCGGCAGGUUCGGCCUUUUUAGCCAGCGGCCUUGGCAGUUUCGUCACCGUUGUGAUCUGCAACUUGUACCUAGACAAGAUCUAUCUCAGGCUCCGCGUUGCCAACAACGGAGUAGGCCUUCCCGAAUACCGGCUUCCAAUGACUAUCGCCGCCGCCUUCAUGCUGCCGCUGGCUUUGGUACUGUACGGCUGGUGCGCUGAGUGUAAGCUGCCUCUGGCACUCUUCCUCGUGUCCGUCGUCUGGAUCCGCAUGUCCAUCGUUAUGGCGAUUCUGCCACUGAUGGCGUAUGUGGUGGAAGCAAGUAGCCUCUACUCGACGUCGGCCCUAGCAGGUAUUGUCGUAACCCGAUGCUUGGCCGGCGCGUUUAUGCCACUCUCUACAGCGCGUACGGUGGAACGUCUCAGCUACGGCUGGGGGUUCACCGUGUAUGGUGUUGCCAGUCUUGUUCUCGCUCUGAUUCCUGCACUGGUUCUGCGUUAUGGGCCUCUAUGCAAGCAGCGCGCCGUGUAUGAAAUAGCUACGUCAGGAUCAUAA